ACAUGAUUUUUUCCACAAGAAGUGCCGUAUUUGUCAUUUGUUUUUUGCCAGUCUUGAGCUGUUCUAUCGAAAACUUCCUAACUCCACUUUCUAAACGUAAGUGAUCAAUUGUAAGCAGCAGUUUUGCUCUUGCAAUGUAUAGUUUGAUUCCGCCACCUCACUCCUGCAGGCACUAUUCAAAAGUUGACUGAAUUUAGUGAAUUCAAAAGAUUCCCUAGAAUACCUCUAUCACACGCCAAUACCAACCGCUAAAAAUGAGAUAGUUGCAACAAAGUUGAGCAUUUUUCCCAAAUAGGUUAAGCUUAAUUCAGACAGUGGAAACGAAGCAUAGGAUAAACGCAGCCGACAAAUUGCAACUAACAACGCAUCUAGACAUGCAGAUAUGCCCUCUUACAUUAAAAUGGUUGCUCACUCGAAUGUAAACGAUGUCUCGACCAAGCGAUUAGCUGCAAGACCACGUUCGGGACGAGCAAAAAAUGGUCCUAUUUAGAGCAAUGCACUUAUAACAAACCACGGUAGGGGAGAGCAAACUCAUUAGGGUAAUCAUCUUCAUCGGCUGCGGCUGGCGCUUGGAGUUAUGUACUUUUUUUCCUGUCGGUUGUGAAGCCAGCAGUUAGUUUGAUUAUUUGCAGGGUGGUGUGCGAACCUGAAAAAUAAAUGGGUUUCUUGGUUAACUGUCGUCGGCGAGGGCUUGAUCCACGAUGGUCACUAUUGGUAGCGUUGUUGAUGAAACUAGUUGUUCUAACUUCCAGCGACGGAAUAAAACUACCGGAUCAAACGGAUGCUGCCCUAGCGCAGUCAGUUGAGGGACGAGCUUCGGCGGUACCUGCAGUCAGUCCGGUCGAUGGCGAAGGCCGUCGACAAGGGAAGCAUUUGCUUGAUUUUGUUGGUUUAGGUACCGGACCGAAUGUGGAUCCGUACCUGGGACGAACAAAUGCUCAGUGUCUGAAUGGUGAACUUGCCGAUUGUUUCAAAUCACAGGCUCUUAACACAUUUACGGACUUUUUUGCACGAGAUGAAUAUCAAUUAACAUCUGAAGCUCGAAUCGUUCGACUGCCAGAAACGCAAGUUCGCUCCCUACAGUAUGAGGGCUUCGAGUACUCCGAAGAACCUCGCCAACUAGACUCGGAGUGGGACCAGCUGUAUAAGUUUGGACUUCGUCAGCUUGAGCGCUUCGUCAAAUCCACAGCCCUAGAAUUCGAAAUCCCAGAAGAUCUUACAGAAGGCGGUCGCUAUUCUGCACGGUUCAUCGAUGAAAUUUCCGACGAAAUCGACGUUAUCGAAGAUAAGAAAGCCCCACUUUUCACUCGUCACCGGCUGAAGAAAAUAUUUAUCCCACUGCUGAUUAUUUUGAAAAUCUUCAAAUUGAAACUGUUAUUUUUCCUGCCAGUUAUACUGGGAUUGGCCAGUUUCAAGAAACUCCUAGGUUUCGCUGCAAUCAUUAUACCAGGAAUUAUCGGUUACCUGAAACUGUUCCGACCGAACCAAAGCUGCUGUACAAACGAUUUGUUCGCAAAUAAUUACCAACCGCAGUAUUCACCUCAAGGAGUCGGUUCAGUUAGUUACAACCCUUUUAAACCUCACCAGAGCCACUAUUCUCGCCCAGGACCGAAUUUUGCUAGUCCUUAUGGCAAUUACUAUCGUGAUGGUACGGAUUUGAAGGGUGGAAGUGUGAAGUUUGGUGAUGAGCAGGCCUAUCAGGGCUAUUCCGAAUACCGUAACAAUGAUAAAGACAUAAAGGCAGAGAAACAGUAACACAUGGAUAGCUUUAAUGAAAAUGAUAACGUAGCUUUUGUAUAUAGGAAUAAUCCAAAUCGAGUGAAUGAGAUGGCUAGUAGAGUGUGGUAGAUUUUACUAUUCGUAUGUUUGUUGUGUGUCUCGACUUACCAGGAUCGAAAACGAAUCGUGAUAGUGUAAAUAAUGACAGUUAGGAAAAAAUAAAUUUCUUAUCGGAGAAAAAAGAAUUCA